ACCCCAUUUUGGAGGGUUUAGGGUUUUUGUAACAUAUAUUUGACCGUUCUUCAUGAUCCUCGUAGACUUCGCACUACCCUUCUGCACGUACUUUAACCUAACAUUUUAGGUGCCAACCUUCGGAGUUCAGACGCACCACCACGCCAUCAAACUUCAGUUUUGGGCAUCAUGGCUAGAGCUAUAGUUCAGUCAACUAACUUCCCUUCUUCGGUUGCUGGUCAAAGGAUUGGACAAUUUAAAGGACCCGAAAAAGGGAGGACAGUUAAAAUGAUGUGCAGUUUACAGACAACUUCUUCAAGGCUUAGAGCUUUCACAGGACUAAGGGGAUGCAAUGCUUUAGAUACAAUAACUAGACCUAGGCACACCACACUCCAUUCCAAGGUGGCAGCAGUGACCUUUACUAGAAAAGGAAGAGGUAGCCGGUUUGUAGUUAAAGCUAUGUUUGAGCGCUUCACAGAAAAAGCUAUAAAAGUUAUUAUGCUUGCCCAAGAGGAGGCUAGGCGUCUUGGGCACAAUCAUGUUGGAACGGAACAGAUUCUCCUGGGUCUCAUUGCCGAGGGAACUGGGAUUCCUGCUAAGGUUCUUAAAUCCACGGGCAUUAACUUAAAAGAUGCUCGUGUUGAGGUGGAGAAGAUAACUGGAAGGGGGAGUGGGUUUGUUGCUAUUGAGAUCCCUUUUACUCCUCGGGCAAAGCAUGUCUUGGAACUUUCUCUAGAGGAAUCUCGACAACUAGGCCAUAAUUAUAUUGGAGCAGAGCAUUUACUGCUUGGGCUGCUUCGUGAAGGUGAAGGUGUGGCUGCUCGUGUCCUUGAAAACUUGGGCGCUGACCCAGCUAACAUUCGUACGCAGGUCAUUCGAAUGGUUGGUGAGAGUGCCGAGGUUGUUGGUGCUAGUGUUGGAGGAGGAAGUUCAGGCCAAAAGAUGCCUACAUUAGAGGAAUACGGCACCAACUUGACCAAGUUAGCUGAGGAGGGGAAACUAGACCCUGUGGUUGGAAGGCAGGAACAAGUUGAACGGGUCACUCAAAUUUUGGGCCGACGUACAAAGAACAAUCCUUGCCUUAUUGGAGAACCGGGUGUUGGGAAAACGGCCAUUGCUGAGGGUUUAGCUCAGCGAAUUGCAAAUGGUGAUGUUCCGGAAACAAUAGCUGGAAAGAAGGUUAUAACCCUAGAUAUGGGCCUUCUUGUUGCUGGGACAAAAUACCGUGGAGAGUUUGAGGAAAGGCUGAAAAAGCUAAUGGAUGAAAUUAAACAAAGUGAUGAUAUUAUACUUUUCAUUGACGAAGUGCACACGUUGAUUGGAGCAGGAGCAGCCGAGGGGGCAAUCGAUGCUGCAAACAUUUUGAAACCUGCCCUAGCUCGGGGUGAACUUCAGUGUAUUGGGGCUACUACACUUGAUGAAUACCGCAAGCAUAUAGAGAAGGAUCCAGCAUUAGAGAGAAGGUUCCAACCAGUUAAGGUCCCCGAACCGACUGUGGGUGAAGCAAUACAGAUCCUGAGAGGGCUUCGGGAGAGAUACGAAAUUCACCAUAAACUCUGCUACACCGAUGAUUCUCUCGUUGCUGCUGCCGAGCUUUCACACCAGUACAUCAGUGAUCGUUUUCUUCCUGAUAAAGCAAUUGACUUGAUUGAUGAGGCUGGCUCUCGUGUUAGACUUCAGCAUGCACAGCUUCCGGAGGAAGCUAGAGAGCUUGAGAAAGAGCUAAGGAAGAUAACAAAGGAGAAGAAUGAAGCUGUCCGUAGUCAGGAAUUUGAAAAGGCUGGGGAAUUACGUGACAGAGAAAUGGAUCUUAAGGUGCAGAUCUCGGCCCUAAUAGACAAAAGCAAAGAGAUGAGCAAGGCUGAGACCGAGGCUGGAGAUGCAGCGGGUCCAGUUGUGACAGAAGCCGAUAUUCAGCACAUUGUUGCCUUAUGGACUGGUAUCCCGGUUGCGAAGGUGUCAACAGAUGAAUCCUCCCGCCUUCUAAAAAUGGAAGAAACGCUUCAUAAGCGAGUUAUUGGGCAAGAUGAAGCUGUGAAGGCCAUUAGUCGUGCGAUUCGACGUGCUCGUGUUGGGCUCAAGAACCCCGACCGGCCUAUAGCCAGCUUCAUCUUUUCUGGUCCAACCGGUGUUGGGAAGUCGGAACUGGCUAAAGCACUGGCUACCUAUUACUUUGGUUCUGAAGAAGCAAUGAUCCGGCUCGAUAUGAGUGAGUUCAUGGAAAGACACACGGUCUCGAAGCUCAUCGGUUCUCCUCCUGGCUAUGUUGGUUACACCGAGGGUGGUCAGUUGACCGAGGCGGUUCGCCGCAGACCUUACACACUUGUGCUCUUCGAUGAGAUAGAGAAGGCUCAUCCCGAUGUCUUCAACAUGAUGCUUCAAAUUCUCGAGGAUGGAAGGCUGACAGACAGUAAGGGUAGAACGGUAGACUUCAAGAACACACUUUUGAUUAUGACAUCGAACGUGGGAAGUAGCGUGAUCGAGAAGGGGGGCCGUCGCAUUGGUUUUGAUUUGGGUUACGACGAGAAGGAUAGCAGUUACAACCGAAUCAAGAGCUUGGUGACCGAGGAACUGAAACAAUACUUCCGACCCGAAUUCUUGAAUAGAUUAGACGAUAUGAUUGUGUUCCGUCAGCUUACGAAACUCGAGGUUAAGGACAUUGCCGACAUUAUGCUGAAGGAGGUCUUUCAGAGACUGAAAGGCAAGGAAAUAGAGCUUCAGGUGACCGAGAGGUUCAGAGAUAGAGUAGUUGAGGAAGGAUAUAACCCUAGCUAUGGAGCACGGCCGCUAAGAAGAGCUAUUAUGAGGCUCCUGGAGGACAGCAUGGCUGAGAAGAUGCUUGCCCGGGAAAUCAAAGAAGGCGACUCGGUUAUCGUGGAUGCUGAUUCAGAUGGCAACGUGACAGUCCUCAAUGGCAGCGGUGGUGCUCCUCCUCCUCCUGCACCUGUUUCCGAACUAAUCCCCGUUUAAAUCUUUCAUUGUUUUACCUUACCUGUCAAAAAAAUUUGUUGUUUGUGCUGGUUGCUUCAUUUGAACUGGCCUGGUCACUGGGGGUUUGAAAGGAUUAGUUGGUGAAAGCCCUUUUUGCAGGAAACCUUACAGGGAUGGAUAUACACACUUGAAGCUAGAUGGAAGUAGUGCUAUAUAGAAGUUGAGAAAUGAUUAAAAAUUUGCUUCCUAGACUAGAUAGAAUCAGUAAGUAUUUUACCAUACCAUUGGAUUUACACUUUUUGACAUGAAUAAAUGCUUUCUUCUUGGCAAAAUGUUGCAAAAA